CCUUCAUGGCUCCCUUAGCCGAAGUCGGGGGCUUCCUGGGCGGCUUGGAGGGCUUAGGCCAGCAGGUGGGCUCGCAUUUCCUCCUGCCUCCUGCGGGAGAGCGGCCGCCCCUGCUGGGCGAGCGCCGGGGAGCGGUGGAGCGCGGCGCCCGCGGCGGGCCAGGGGCCGCGGAGCUGGCACACCUGCACGGUAUACUGCGCCGCCGCCAGCUCUACUGCCGUACCGGCUUCCACCUGCAGAUCCUGCCCGACGGCAGCGUGCAGGGCACGCGGCAGGACCACAGCCUCUUUGGUAUCUUGGAAUUCAUCAGUGUGGCUGUGGGAUUAGUCAGUAUUAGAGGUGUGGACAGUGGUCUUUACCUUGGAAUGAAUGACAAAGGAGAACUCUAUGGAUCAGAGAAAUUGACUUCUGAAUGCAUCUUUAGGGAGCAGUUUGAAGAGAACUGGUAUAAUACCUACUCCUCCAAUAUCUAUAAACAUGGAGACACUGGCCGCAGGUAUUUUGUGGCGCUUAACAAAGAUGGAAGUCCCAGAGAUGGUGCCAGAUCCAAAAGACAUCAGAAAUUUACACAUUUCCUUCCUAGACCAGUGGAUCCAGAAAGAGUUCCAGAAUUGUACAAGGACCUACUGUUAUACAGUUGAAGUAUGGCAAUCUUUACAGGAACACCAAACCACAAUCUUGUCACAAUUUCCAUGGCAAAAAUAAUAACCCAGGAAGACAUUCA